AUGUUGAUGCAGCAGCAGCAGAUGAUCAUACAGCAGCAGGCAGCCCAGGAGGAGAGGCAGUUGAAGUAUCAGGCUGAUUCCGUUCGCCAGCAGGAGCAGCAGACACUGAUUAUCCAGUCUCUCCAGCAGCAGCAGCAGGCCAUGUUUGACGCCCUUCAGCAGCAGCAGCAGGCUCUGUUGGCCGACAGGGAGAACAACACUCGGUUAUUCUCAUUCUUGCUCCAGCAGCCAGGGCAGCAGUUGCCAGCACUAGCUCCAGCACCAGCUCCAGCCCCCAGUCCCCUCCCUGGCAGCAGCACUAGUCUGCUCAGUACUCCGGAGUCCAGCUUUCCACUCUCAGCUCUUUUGGCCACCGGAGUUCUCUCAGAGCCUAUCGGGAUGUCUCAGAGGCCAGUGUUAUCGUCAUUGACUUCACCUCUGCCCACUGGUCCUCUGCACUUCGAGGAUACUCCACAGCCGACAGUUACCGAGCAGCAGCAGCCAGUCGUGCCUCCUCCAGUCGCUGAGCCUGCACUUGAUGAGCUAGAUGCUACUCUUCAGUCAGUGCACCAUCAGAUUGACGAGGUGACAGCAGCUAUGGGUCACAGUCCGUCCAGCUCAGACUUCGAGGUCGACGGCUCUCAGUUCGUCGUGGCACCUUCUUCGGCAGCGUCGGGUCCUCAGUCUCCUCUAGCUCCGGAUGCUUAG